CACACUCGCGCGCACACACAUACUCACUUAAACCUUCCACCCGGUGACCGCGCGCGCGCUCGUACACACGCACGCCAGACACAACAAAAACAACCAUCCGUGUAUCGAUCCAUUGGUUAUUGGUCUGGCACGCCAAGGUUUGCAGGUAAAAGAGUGGCCGUUCUCCGUGUCGUGUCCGGCUUUCCAACCAUCCAACGCGGUACGCAGGUGCGUCUUCACCGAAAAAGUUGUAGCCGUCGGCAAUCAUAGAGGCCACCAGCAGCAACGGGACACGGUCCCCACGUCCAGCCCAAGCCCAGCACACAGAAGGGGGCUCCACAGGAGGGGGCCCAGUGACCCCACACGGCGCAACGUGCCGGAAAACCAAAGGAUGACGCCGCACGCAGACACGCACACCCAAGUGGCCAAGGGACGGCAAACGGCACGGAACAACGGCACAGAAAAGUUCUUGUGAGUGAGUCAGUGAGCGUGUGUGUCUGUGUGUGUGUGCAGAUUGUUUGAGGUGUUCCCUGGUGUUCACACCUGUAUGACCAUCGCCGCCGUCCCCGGCCUGUGUGCCAUUGUUUGUUUACCUGCCUGCCGGACCGAACCGACGGUGUACAGCAGGAAGAAGCAAGCGGCAGCAACAGCAGCAGCCACUACCACAGCCAGUAGUGCAUCCGUGCGCUUGACGAACCCAGCGAUGGAUCGGCGGACAGUGUGUGAAUAUAUGUGUGUGUAAAGUGUGCUGUGUAUGUGAGUGCAGGGCGACCGUCUCCGAUAUUCUGCAAUCAACUGACCAGCAGAUCCUGCAACAACUAGCAGGCUCCCCAUCUCCCUGGACUGUCAUCGUUCGCUAGGGCAGCUGAUGCUGCCAAGGAAGGUGGUGGUGAUUGUGGAGGAAAGAAAGCAUUGUUUUUGUGACACGAAUUUUUUACUUCAAUCAAGCGUGACCCUGUGCUUGUGCGCCUGUGUGUGCCCGUGUCAACAAUCAAUAGCAUCCUACCAACCAACGCCAGCCUCCUCCCCUCCCCUCCGUAACCAAACGCUCUGCUAAACCUUUCACGGACAACGCGAUCAACGCUACCUGCACCUUUCCCUGUUUUACGUGUCCGUCUUGUCCUUGUGUAUGUGUGUGUCAAGAUGUGUGCAACGAAACUAGAUACCACCAUGAUGCACUUGCAGCCGGAAAGCGUCCGCACCGCCAGCCUCCACCAGCUCCAACUCCGGCAGCUCCAGCACCCGUACGAAUGGUUCCCGAUGAAGAGAUGUCGGUCACUGGACAGCAACGGCAUGCACUGAGUGGAGGAUGGUACCAUCCAUCAGGCGGGCUCUCUGAUCGGCUAUGGUGGAAAUGGAUUGGACACCCUGCGCGACCGAAUGCGGGGCUAACAUGCUGUGAGCUGACGCUAGAUUGGCCCCCAGCAACUGGCUAAGAAGCAGUCUUAGCUACACGCAUUGCUGGAGGAAGGAGUGCGCCAAAGCUAGUCCCCUCGUUCCAUUUAGUGCGCAAGAUCCCUCUGAGCAGUAAGCGAAGCAUCAUUUGAAAUUGGAUUCCCAACGAACGACCCUUGGACAAUUUGGAAAUGUAUUUACAUUCGCCAUUCACCGUUCCGCGAUCGAAGCCGCAAUGGUAGACCGAUUUCAGGCGAGAAAUUAUUGUACAGGAGGAUGUAAGAAAUGUGAGCUAUGGGAAUGAAUCCUGGUUGAAGUGCAAUAUUGUGUGUGUAUAUGUGUGUGUGUUUGUGGGCGCUAAAGUCUAAAAAAGGGGCUAGGUGUGUGAUUUACCAUACGUGCAAAAUAUGAGUUGUACCGUCUCAAGUAUUUAGUGAUGAUUUGUGUAUAAUAGACGAUAAACGCAACCCGCGAACUUCAUCUCGGCAAAUGUACAGUAAAACGAUACAGUUAGAUAUUUUGGACCGUGUGCAUGUGUAAAGUAAUGUUAACGGUGUUAUAUGCGUAAAACAAACAAUUGUUGCCUCAUGCGCGACCAGCUGCUUAGACUAGACGACUUGCUAUCAAAAGAAACAUCGAGCGAACCUCUUGCGUCUCUUACUCCAUCAACACGCGCUUCACCCCCUCAUAAACGGGAUCAUUCCAAGGCGCCACAGUAAGACCGGUGGCAGGAAACCAACACUCCAGAACACACAGGCACACGAGAGGUGGGGUGCGUCUGUAGUGUGUUGUUCCCUCUUAACUGUGGUGUGCUCGAAUUACGCUUGCCUUGAAGAUUUUAUCCCCCACUUUGUGCGUAGCUCAAACACAUGCGCAUCGGCGAGCCCUUUCGGCGAGAGACCGGAAGAAGGGUGUGCGGCUAAUGCAACGGAUGCGAAACGCGACGACUACCAUGAAGCGCAACACUACCACGAUGCCGGGGGGAACCGAUUCUAGCUGGUCCGUUCCACACCGGAUUUAUCUGCAGCAGCAGCAGCAGCAGCAGCAACAGCAGCAGCAGGCCCACCAGCAGCAGCAACAGCAGCAGCAACAGCAGCGACCACGGUUUGAUUACGGAUUCUGGAAGAAUCCGGACGAGUCAACCGAACUGAUCUUCCUGAUGCCGAACGGCGUGAUGAUCACGAUGUACAUACCGAUCCAUAUUACACUGGAUGAACUGAAGUCGGACGUUUGGGAGGAGGCAGAACGGUACCCACUGUACUGCCAUCUAGGCGAUAAGAACAAGUACUGCUUCGGCACCCUGGCGGCGGGCCGGACGAACAGCAACACGACGUACGAAAAUGAGGCCGAAACCCGGCUGAUGGACGUGCAGCCCACUCUCGGCAUCCUGCGCUUCGUCGAGAAGAGCAACGUGUCGGAGAACACGAAGCUGAUGGAGAACAUUAGCAGCCUGCUGGACAGCAAGCUGCCGGUGAAGACGCUGGUCAACCCGGAGGUGAACGAUUUCCGCGCCAAGAUGAGCAUGCUGAGCGAGGAUAUCGGCAGCCGGCGGGCCGUAAUGACGCGGAUGGAGCGGAUAGCCUACCAGUACCCGGCCAAGCUGGUCAGCGGUGCUCACGUGCCCGAGCCGAUCAGCCGGCGGCUGACGAACGGCGACUUUUGCGUGGUGGCGAUCAGCACCGACAUGCAGCUGACGGUGAAGGUACCGUGCCGGGCGACUCCGGACGAGGUCCUGAAACGCAUCCUCAAGAAGCAGAACCCGUCGAAGGCGCGCAAUGAGAACAGUAGUACGGAGUACAUAUUGAAGGUGUGCGGGCGGGAAGAGUACAUCUAUGGGGCGCACCCGAUGAUCAGCUUCCAGUACGUGCAGGACUGUCUGUCGCGGGACGAGACGCCCACGUUUGUGCCGCGGCUCGUCCGCACGGUGGAGGUGUUUAAGAACGACAUCUACGACGCGCGCGAAGACUUUACGCAGUGGUCGGCGUCGGCCAAGCCGAGCUCGCUGUACGGCGGCAGCAUCAGCAGCAGCAGCGGGUACGCCGGUAGCGCAGGCAGUACCUACAACACCCAGUCGCAGCAGUCGCACACGCUGCGAAAGGUGAAGUACAUCACCAGCUGGGAGAUCGACGCGAAGCUGCAGUGCACGGUGCACGAGAUUCGCGGGCUGAAUGUCGAGUCGGACAAGGAGCUGGGCGUGCAGCUCGGUCUGUUUCACGGCGGCAAGUCGCUGUGCAAAACGGAGCGCACGCGCACGGUCACGGUGAACAGUGGCGCCGCGACCUGGAACGAGACGAUCCUGUUCGACAUCAACGUAAGCAACGUGCCGCGCAUGGCGCGGCUGUGCCUGGUGGUGUACGAGAACAUGCGCACGGCCAAGGGGACGGGCAUACGGACGCGCCGCACCAAGGACGGGCUGAUCAAUCCGAUCGCGUGGGUCAACACGAUGGUGUACGACUACAAGAACCAGCUGAAGGUGGACUCGGUGACGCUGUACACGUGGGACUACGCGGAGGAUGCGCAGUCGGAGGACAUUCUGCAUCCGCUCGGCACGGUCGAGCCGAACCCGAACCGGGACAACAUGGUCGUGUCGGUGCUGCUGAGCUUCGGGACGUACGGUCCGGAGGGGCGCAUCAUCGUCUACCCGGGCGAAGAGGAGCUGCUGUCGCACGCGGCCAAGAUGAGCCACCGCAACGAGCAUCUGAAUCGCGAGAGCGCCGAGGACACGCGCUCGAUCCGGGCGAUCAUGUCGGCGUACAUGUACAACGACCGGCUGAACGACAUCCACGAGCAGGACCGUAACGCGAUCUGGGCGAAGCGGCGCGAGUGCAUGAAGCAGAUGCCGCAGGGGCUGCCCUGUCUGCUCUACUGCGUCGAGUGGAACAACCGGGACGAGGUGUCCGAGAUCGUGUCGCUGCUGCAGGAGUGGCCCAAGCUGCUGGUCGAGCGGGCCCUCGAGCUGCUCGAUUACGCGUACGCGGACAAGUACGUGCGCCGGUACGCCGUGGACUGUCUGCGCACGAUCGAGGACGACGAGCUGCUGCUGUACUUGCUCCAGCUGGUGCAGGCGCUCAAGCACGAGUCGUACCUGAACUGCGAUCUGGUGUACUUUCUGCUUCAGCGCGCCCUGCACAACCAGCACAUCGGCCACUAUCUGUUCUGGCAUCUGCGUUCCGAGAUUUCGGUGCCGUCGGUGCAGGUCCGGUUCGGGCUGAUACUGGAGGCGUACCUGCUCGGCAGCCCGGAGCAUGUGGCUGUGCUGCUGAAGCAGAUGCAGUGCCUGCGCUACCUGCAAACCUGCUCGGACAACGUGAAGAAGGGCAGCAAGGAGAAGGGCCGCACGCUGCUGAUCGAGCAGCUCGCCAAGGAGGGCCACGUGACCAGCGACCUGAUCAGCCCGCUCAACCCGAGCUACCGGUGCAAGGCGGUCCGGACCGACCGGUGCAAGGUGAUGGACUCGAAGAUGCGCCCGCUCUGGAUCGUGUACGAGAACAGCGACGCGAACGGCGACGACAUACACAUGAUCUUCAAGAACGGGGACGACCUGCGGCAGGAUAUGCUGACGCUGCAGAUGCUGCGCAUCAUGGACCGGAUCUGGAAGAGCCACGGGUACGACUUCCGGAUGAACCCGUACAGCUGCAUCAGCACCGACCACAAGCUCGGCCUGAUCGAGGUGGUGCUGAAUGCGGAAACGAUCGCGAACAUCCAGAAGGAGCGAGGCAUGUUUUCGGCCACUUCGCCGUUCAAGAAGGGUUCGCUGCUGGCGUGGCUGCGCGAGCACAACGGCACCGAGGACCUGCUGGCGAAGGCGAUCCAGGAGUUUACGCUCAGCUGCGCCGGCUACUGCGUGGCGACGUACGUGCUGGGGGUGGCGGACCGCCACUCCGACAACAUUAUGGUGAAGAAGACGGGCCAGCUGUUUCACAUCGACUUCGGGCACAUACUGGGCCACUUCAAGGAGAAGUUUGGCUUCCGGCGGGAGCGCGUGCCGUUCGUGCUGACGCACGAUUUCGUGUACGUGAUCAACAACGGCCGGACGGAUCGGGAGGCGCAGGAGUUCUGUCGCUUCCAGACGCUCUGCGAAGAGGCGUUCCUUAUUCUACGCCAGCACGGCUGCCUGAUACUGUCGCUGUUCUCGAUGAUGAUCUCAACUGGCCUCCCGGAGCUGUCGUCCGAAAAGGAUUUAAACUAUCUGCGGGAAACGCUGGUGCUGGACAAAACGGAAGAAGAGGCGCGUACCCACUUCAAGCUCAAGUUCAGUGAAGCGCUUGCCAACUCGUGGAAAACGUCGCUCAACUGGGCAUCGCACAACUUCUCCAAAAACAAUCGACAGUGACACCAGUAUCAUCUCGGGCGGAACCAUCAGACGAUGUAGCUCUGGCAGUGAGCAGCUAGGUGCGAAAGUGGGCAGAACUGCCGCGGAAAGUGAUGCAGCAGACAAGGGAGGAGUAGGGAGUGCUGAUGGUAUUUGUGUUUUGUCGGAGAGGUUCCAAGACCUUGCGCUUCCGACGUGGUGUGAUGCGUGUUCAUUGAUUUUUUUUUUAUACUUUUUUUGGCACGUUCCGUACCCGCAUGGCAUUGGCGCGAUGUGCGAAAUUGCCUGGGCACAUGCCCUGGCAGCAACAAUGACAUCGUAAAGGGCGUGUGACACGCAAGGAAGGACGGCAAACUUGAGCGAGUUAAUUCACAGAAAAGGCAGAGAAGGCUUCGUGUAUGUGACACACAUGGCUAUACAUGCUAUAGCUCUAUACAUUAGGUAACAUUUGAAAAAAAUUGAAGCACGGUAAUGUGUGUUGUUAGGAAGAAUAUGCUGAGGAAGGGAGCGUGUGCAAGCUGGAAUCGGUCAACAACCGAUUGAUUUACUAUUACUAUACUUAGUUACGUAUCUUUUUCAUUUAUUGUUUUUGUAACCACUUCUCAGUACAACUAUAACUGAACAUGUUGACGCACGCUGCUUAUACGCAAACGUACGGGGGAUGGGGACAGUAUUAAGAAACCACAAGAUGCGAACGAAUGUACUUCCACACUUGAAAUAUUACUUCCAGGAACUUCCACACUUGAAAUAUUACUCGAAAUGCAAUUGAGAGAAACAGCUGAAUAGGAUUCCAUUUCUAAUGCAAUGCAAAACAUGAUGCACCUGUAAUUUUGCUAUUUUCCAAACCGCUUGCGUUUCUUGUGACAACUUCAUCUACCGGAGAGGGGCACGUGCAAAGGCUGUAUAUAGAGAUAGGGCGUACAAGUGGGAAGCAAUUUUGCAUCAUUUUCGUGGACAUUACAGCUGCGGCUGAACAGGUGCUGACAGUAGGUAGCAUCAAACGACAUACGCAAUGAAAUUUUCCGACCGAAGGCUAUUCAUUGACCUUCUCGAGACGCUUUAUUUGUCUGUACAUAUUCCAAAGUCAUUAGAGCGAUUCUAUUGCUCAUCGUUUGAUGCCCAUAGCUUCUCUGUGUGUUCUAGCUGAUUUAUAUAAAAUUCCUUCGUUCAAGUUCACUCUAUCUCUUUAUUGAAAAAAAACCCCUUGAAGUGUGUCCCUUAUGCGACAGUAAUCGAGGAUCGAAGGUAGCAGAAAACAAGUGCACCCAGUCGUGGCACACGUCUUCACAGUAGUUGUGUCGAUCACAAAACCUUAUGUCCCGUUUGUGUGAGUGUAUGCGUGUUUUUUUGUUUUUUUAGUUUACGUGUUUUAAAAGAAUGUGAAAUCAUUCAAACUGUUCGUGCAAUAGUGCAGCUGUCUGAGCUUUACACUAAAGCAGUAAGCAUGUUUUUGUGUGUUUGUUUUUUUUUUCUUUAAGAUUUAGCACAAGUGCCCCCACCCUUCUAAACAGCAUUAUGUAUGUCAUAAAACACACUCACAACACUCCGUUUUAUGCAGCAGACUAGACCCCCACCCCCUUCCUCCCCCGACGUUAAGCAAACACAAAACAUGAUUUUUUUUUUUCAAAAAUGCGAACGCUCUUACAUGGGCGUGUGUAAUUAGUGCAGGAAAAAUGUACUGGAGCGCUUACACUCCACCUAUUUAUAUAGCAUCACAAUCCAUUCUACGAGCACAACCAUACGUAAUGUAUAUCAGUAGUACAGAAAAGAAAGGGGCAGAGAGAGAGAGAGAGGAAGAGAAGCUCCUAUUUUAUACAAUCAUUUCCAUCCGCACCCAAAUGUAGGGAGUGCACAGUAACACGGGGUGCAUUUUGGUGUGCUUUCGGGCGCCACUCAUUGCAGCCCACCCACUACCCCAGCAACCUCCAUAACAUAAAAAGAAACAUACCUGGUAUUCCGAUCUACAAAAAGCUCUAUUGCUUUCAUUAUAUGCACCAUAUAUGGCGGUGUACGCCAAGGUAGCGUAGAUAGCUUUGAUGUAAGCCGUUCGGUUACACGAUUUUAAAUGAGUUAGUGUUUAGAUGAUAUUUUAGAUUGUUUUUUUUUUGCUUCACAGUGUCACAUUCGCUAUUCUGUAAUAGAUUCUCCAGCUUCAUGAGUGAAUUGGAAUGCGGUAUACAUGUUCACGUUUUAUUUUUUUUACAGAAAAGCCUGACAUUUUUGAAAUAGGUUAAAUUUAAUUUAUCUGCUGGCUAAUAUUUCAUUAAAUUUAACUGAUCGCAGUCAUCAUCUCAUGAAAAGGGCGAAUCCAAAAAGGUGUGCGGACUAUCGAAUGUGCACUGUAUACGAUAUACUCGCUCAUGCAGAUAUACGUAAUGAUAGGAAAAUGAGGAAAUGGAGCAAUGCAUCGCUACCAAUAGAGAAAGAGAAAGAGAGAGAGAGAGAGAGAGAGAGAGAGAGAGAGAGCGAGAGAGAGAGAGAGAGAGAGAGAGAGAGAGAGAGAGAGAGAGAGAAUGUUCCGGAUUUUGUUAAACCAAACUAAAGGGCGCUUUAGUGAAUUGUAUAGUUUGUUUACACCGACAACAAGACAGUCUGUGGCAAGUUAUUGGGAGGAUGAGACACAUUGAUAAUUGUACAUAGCAAACAGUUCUGUGAAGAGGUGAUAGCAUCUGCAAGCGAAGAAAAUGAGGCGGCAAAUGAAUGAGCUUUAUGAGCAUUAUUCUCUAUACAUAUUGUUUUAAUUAAAAAUAUGCGAUUAGGUAAACCAACAGUACCUUCAAAGUUCACUUAUGGCGCCACUCUGAUCCUUUGGAAGCUUUGCCAUUUUAGGACAAUCUGUAGAUUGAAACUUACCUUAAAAUUUUCCAAUGUGGAAUUUGAGCUUAAAUUUCUGUCGUAAUUGUUGAUAACACUUUGAGGACUCUUUGAAUUAAUUUAUCAGCCCGUUGUACAGGAUUUGAUAUUUAAAUUUCUCAUGUGUUUUGUGAUAUGUACUGGGUGUAAUUAUUUUGAAGCUUUUUUAUCUGUAACUUAUUGAUCAUUCAUGUGGCCCUUUGUAAUGUUUCGGUCUUUCGUUCGAUGUUCUUACUUAAGCUCAAUCAUUUUCAGCCCCAUGUUUCUUGCCUUGCCACAGAUGACUGAUGAAGCUCACUAAAAACCGCCAGCGUUAAGCGAUUUAGAUCAGCUAGAUUCACGAAAGCGUGGUUUUCGUGCUUGUAAAAAAAUCAAAAAUCUAUGUUUUCUGUAUUAUGUUUUGCUUGUUGGAAUUCAACGCAAGCGCGAAAGAGGCGCUGUCGUUUUGUGCGGUUACGUGCACAUUUUUGAACACUCUGGAUGCCACUCGCUUAAUACAAAUUCUCAUAGUUUCAGAAAACUGUUGCUUAACUUACAGAUGCGGUGGUCUAUCCGAUCGAUGCAUCGGUUCUUAUAAGCCCGGAUAGACUCGAUGCCAAACCGAAUCGUCUCCACUUAGUAAGAACUUCACUAUCAAACUGCGUGACACAAAUACAGUGUAUGGAUUCAUAUAAUGGAAUCGUUCAAUCGCGUAGGGGAAUGUUGCAAACCGAUAGUGAAAUUUUGCAAGCACACUGUGGAGUCCUCAUUAGACUGGGGUAGCCUGUAUGGUUGCAUAAUUCCACUAUUGAUUUGCAACAAUCCCCUAAGCGAUUGAACUUUUCGGUUACUUGAUUCAAAACACCUUGUAAUUGUCAUCAUGAUCUACAAGUCACUGCAAAAUUAAAAGAAGAAACGUAACAUAACUUGACCAAACCGCGGAUGCGCAUCUGAAAUCGCAACAAAAUCUAGGAUAAAAUACGUGCACGAUGAAUGUAUAAAAACUAUGCAAAAUUAAUGUUGGCAAGAGAUAAAUCAUUAAAUGGCAAAGCAGACUAACACUAUUCAAUAUGUUGCACAUCACACAGCCGCAAAAGUGAUGUGUGAACAUUUAUAUCAAUAGAUCGAACAAUAGGUAGCGAUAGAUUCUGGAUGUAACGUGUGCAUAGAGACGCUGAGAAAGAGCAGGGAAGGGCGGGCUAUAUUGUACCACAUAAUUUUAUUAAAUAUGUAAUAUUUGUAGGCACCCAAUUGAAUACUACUAGCGUGUAAGAUGUAUCCUAUAAUGACUAAUCAUUUAAAAAAAUUCUCCAUGGUACAGCUUUUCGAUCUGCUGUGCGAGUUUUAGUACGACGUUGAGAUAAAACGGUUAAACUGGAAGGCGAGGAGCAGCGAUUUGAUUCACAUCAUAUAGCAAACUUAAUCGACUUUCACCUUCUACCUAGUACAGUAGAAAGUGGAAGCAAAAAAUAACAUUGGAAGAAGGUUAAACGAAGGAAUCAAAUGGGGACGCUACAGGGAUUAAAAGAAGAAAUCACAUAAAAGAGAUCAACAAACACUGUUGCUAAGAUAGACUAGACUGCUGGAGCUGAGCUGAGGAUGUGAUAGGCAAGGGUCAAUGAAGAAGAUUAUAGCAGGGAGGGAGAAGAGCCGGUUGAAAACGGCCCCCUCCCCCAACGACGUGAAACGUAGUAUCGAUGCUGCUUAAAUCGCGCGAGUGUGUGUAUGUGUGUGUUUGUGAAAGUGAGUGUGUUUUAUGUCUAUUAACAAAAUUGCUCCAAAAUAUCAAACACACCCACGCGCGAGGCUAGUAGAAGAUACAGAUGUGCACGUAUCUAGCAUAUGUCAUACCACAAUCAAUCAGAAAAGAACAGACAUUUCACAUUCAAACCACACAAACAUAAAGUACAGGCGUAUAAGAACAGGUAGGAAACUGUUAUGCGAACCAGCUUGAGGCGAAGUAUUACACGCACCAGGCAUUAGUAAUAGACAGAGGAGAGUGAUAAAACACAUUGAGAUUGCGAAUGGUCCUAGCAAGUUGGAGCGUUGGUUUACAAUGGAAGGUGUGCAAAGGAUUGUUUUGUGUAUAUGUGUGUGUGUGUUUAUGCGAUGUGUACGUGUGCCUGCGAUGGGCACGCGGACAAGGAUUGAAACAGUUUACGAAGAAGGGAAAUAAAAUCACUGUACUUUUCACAAAA